UGUGGGCACCAUGGCCUGGACUCCUCUCCUCCUCGUGCUCCUCUCCCACUGCACAGGUUCCCUGUCCCAGCCUGUGCUGACUCAGCCGCCCUCCGUCUCUGCAUCUCCUGGAUCCACAGCCAGACUCACCUGCACCCUCAGCAGUGGCUUCAGUGUUGGCAGCUACUACAUAUACUGGUUCCAGCAGAAGCCAGGGAGCCCUCCCCGGUAUCUCCUGUGGUAUAAGUCAGACUCAGAUAAGCACCAGGGCGCCGGGGUCCCCAGCCGCUUCUCUGGAUCCAAAGACCCCUCGGCCAAUGCAGGGCUUCUGCUCAUCUCUGGGCUGCAGCCUGAGGACGACGCUGACUAUUACUGUGCUACAGGCCAUGGCAGUGGGAGCAGCUAUAGUUACUCACAGUGA